CCGGAUCUGUGCGGCGGCGGCGGCGACGUGAGCGCGCAGGGGGGCGGCGGCCUCGCCUCGUCUGUGUCUCGGCGCCGGGCUCGGGUGGGUGACGCGCAGUGCCGGGGCAAUGUCGGAUUUUGACAGCAACCCCUUUGCGGAUCCGGAUCUCAACAACCCGUUCAAGGACCCAUCUGUCACACAGGUGACAAGAAAUGUGCCACCGGGACUUGAUGAAUAUAAUCCUUUCUCUGAUUCUAGAACGCCUCCACCAGGUGGUGUGAAAAUGCCUAAUGUACCCAACACCCAGCCAGCAAUAAUGAAGCCGACCGAGGAGCAUCCGGCUUACACACAGAUCACAAAGGAGCAUGCCUUGGCUCAAGCCGAGCUUCUCAAGCGCCAAGAGGAGCUGGAGAGAAAAGCUGCAGAGUUAGAUCGUCGAGAGCGAGAGAUGCAGAACCUGAGUCAGCACGGGAGAAAAAAUAAUUGGCCACCUCUUCCUAGCAAUUUCCCUGUGGGGCCUUGUUUCUAUCAAGACUUUUCUGUAGACAUUCCCGUAGAGUUCCAGAAGACAGUGAAGCUUAUGUACUACCUAUGGAUGUUCCAUGCGGUAACCCUGUUCCUGAACAUCUUCGGAUGCCUGGCUUGGUUUUGUGUUGAUUCCUCAAGAGCAGUUGACUUUGGACUCAGCAUCCUGUGGUUCUUGCUCUUUACCCCCUGUUCAUUUGUCUGUUGGUACAGGCCACUCUAUGGGGCCUUCAGGAGUGACAGUUCCUUCAGGUUCUUUGUGUUCUUCUUCGUCUAUAUUUGUCAGUUUGCUGUACAUGUGCUCCAGGCUGCAGGAUUUCAUAACUGGGGAAACUGUGGUUGGAUCUCAUCCCUCACUGGUCUCAACAAGAACAUUCCGGUCGGGAUCAUGAUGAUCAUCAUCGCAGCGCUCUUUACAGCGUCCGCUGUCAUCUCGCUCGUCAUGUUUAAAAAAGUGCAUGGACUGUAUCGCACAACAGGUGCUAGCUUUGAGAAGGCCCAGCAAGAGUUUGCAACGGGAGUGAUGUCCAAUAAAACUGUUCAGACAGCAGCUGCAAAUGCCGCGUCCACCGCAGCAACCAGCGCGGCGCAGAAUGCCUUCAAGGGUAACCAGAUGUAGCGAGCCUCCUCAGAGCGGUUCUCCAUUCCCUUAUGACUGUGUUUUUUUCUCCAGUUACUGUAUUCUACAGAUAUUUUUAUGUUGGAAACACACAGUACAUAAAGCAUGGGUAUUUCCUAUCCACAUGUGCAUGGUCUAAAAACCAGAGAAACUUCCUAGUCUUAUUACUUUGCCUAAUAGUUUCUUACUAUUUCCAUGCCCCUCACAGAAGAAAACUAUCAUCUGCAAAACAAAUAUUCUCCAUAUUUUUGGGGGAUGGUGUUCCUCAGAUUAUUUCAGUGGUGACACACUGAAAUGAGUAUGUUACUGAAGAUUUAAAAGGCACUCGAUGCUAGCCACAGAAGCUCUUCCAAGAGGCAGUAGAGACACAGAUUAUACAUUGCAAAUGAAACAACCUUUGUCCCCCCCCCCCCCAUAUUAGUUUGGAAGGAACAAGGUCAGCCAAGGCUUGCGGUGUUUUGAAAUUGGCUUGCUUUAUAUGCGGUUCAGUCAGCAGAGAGGAGCCUGCGUGCUCUGUAGUAGAUAAUGUAUAUUUUACCUUCUUUUAUUUUAUUUUUAGACUAGUUGAUAUUUUGAUAACAAUCUCUGAUCUUGCAUGGGCACCACAUCUCUUAAGUGAAAUGAAUUAGUAUUUUGGGUUCUGUACUGCUAUAGUUGUAGGACCUGGGGCUCUUUAUAGAAUCAGAAAUGAUUUUCUGUAAUAGUUUCUUUUAAGUAAAAAUUUACUGGAGUAUAAAGACUUUAAUAUAAUGUGCAGUGCAUUAUCCAAAAGAGAGGACAGUGAAUUGAUGAGCUAGUAUAUAGUGAUAAUUUCUUUUCCCCUCCUAAUUUCCAGUAUUCAUAGAGUAAAAUGUUACUGUAUGGAACUCUGGUGUAUUCUUCUGGCUGAUCUUUUUAAUUGAACUGGGAUUCGUGUUUGUAGCUCUGUGUGGGUGUGUGUGUGGGCGUGCGUGUGUGUACGUGUAUGUAUGUGUGUGUGAGAGAGGGGUGGAGAUUUUGACACAGGUGUUAAAGGCUCGCCUAACCCUUGAAUAAAAAGAACACACAGUAUUUGAGGGAUUUCUCUUUCAGCCUCCCACUUUUAGUUGCAUUAAAAAUAAAAGACCCUUGUGCUUCUAAUGUCCUUGGUUUCUUAAUGUACCUGUCUUCUACUUUUAAGACAGACUAAAUUCAUGUGAAACAUUGCACCAAGCAGGGGAGUGAAACUUCAGGCACUGUGAUCAUUAUUGAUGUCAUCAAAUUAACAUGGCUGUGAUGAGCGCACACGAUGUGGGUUCAGACUUCUGAUCAUGAUGAUGAUUAGGUGUCUCAGGAGCGUCUGUCAGGCAGCCUGUUGUAGAAGCCUCACUGGCUUUAGAUUGCAGAACGCUAGACUCACCCAAGCCAACUUUAAAUAGAGGUGGACUGUUGAAUGCAGGGCAUCCUUUCAAAAUGAACUGAACUGGUCGAGUCACGUUAUCCUCUCCCAAGGCUGCAGUCAGAGGGACUUGUGUGCAGAGCUGGGGUGCAGUUCUUGGAGGUCGGUGGGUGCUGGGUUACACAUCCCCCCAUGCAGGGCCACGGUAGGUUUGCUUGGGAAUUGACUGAGUACAGUAGUUCAAAGAGCUUUCUUUGACUCAGGAAGAUGGAGAACUCAGAAAUGAAUUUGGAGUUGUGUUUUAGCUCCUUCCAAUCAGUGAGGAUCCCCUCCCUCCUCAACUGCCCAGGCGUUGCUGCUGCGAGCCGUGCUCGGUCCAGUGUGGCUUUAAUGGACACGGAGACCGUUAAGACUGUAAAAGUGCACGUAAACACUGGUACUUCUAGUUCAAGUCCACCUUUAUUCCUCUCUGAGGUACAGAUAAGAGACACAUCAGAGAUUCAAAACAUGCUAAUAGUUUUUUCUAAAUUGGUCCCUCUCCAUUAUGUGGAGGUCCCCAAAGGUAGUGUUAUCGAAUGACAGAGAAUAGUUGUAACUCACAUUAUGUUUCUGUAUGAAGAACAAAAAAGCUGUUUUCAAUCCAAUUGUUUGGAUUCUUACAAGUUUGAAAGAUUAUGUUGUGUGAAAACACAGGGGAGCAUUGAAGGGAUGGUGGAGUCUGCAGCUCAGUCAGGCAGGAGCAGCUCGAGACCUCCUCUGCUCUCCUCUCAGCCACAGUCUGUCAGCAAUGCACUUUGGUUUCCUAUUUGAUACCAAUGUCACCGCAGCCAUGAGGCGAGCAUCCACGUGACCUUUCAGUUUGCAAUAUUAAAUGGUGACUAUUUUAUUUAAAACUAGGGUCUGAUCACUGGAAAAUGACUGCCUGGUGACUUGUGACUCGGGGCUUGGUUCAUUGCUCUAGGGACGUUUGUGUAUUCUGUAGGUGCGUGCACUCCUGCGCUGCCCUGUGGUGUGUCACGGCUCUGUGUGAACGCCCUCCACGUGGCCCUCUCAUGUUGCAUGUUUUCAGUGGUUUGGAAGUUUUGUAUAUUUAUUGUAUUAAAUGCAGAGUGUCAUAAAAUAAAAUAAUGUUUACUGGA